AUGUUUGCCUAUGAACUCUACAUUUUAAUCGCCAAAUUUUUCUCCUAUCCAGCGACGGUCAACACCGAGAUUCUCUUUGAAAAACAGAUUUUUCCAGUUGUUACUGUAUGCAAUAUGAAUCCCUACAAGUAUACGGUAGUCAAAUCGAACACUGCAUUUCAAGGAGUCAAUAGUCUGAUGACUGCUUAUUCGAAUGCUGUCGCUGGCACCUAUGGAACUGAUAAAUGGGGUCUUUAUGAAGAACAAACUGAAGAAUACGAUUUGGAUGCUCGCGCUGCUGAUGCAUUGGUUUUGGAAGCUAAUUUGAUAUCCGACACUAAUAAAGCGCCAGCACUAUACACCUAUUCCGAUCUGGUCCAGGAUUGUAGUUUUGCUGGAAUCCCGUGUGCUGAAUCUGAUUUCAAAAAGUUCAUUGAUCCUGUCUACGGCGCUUGCUACUCGUUCAACGAGGACGCCUCACUAAACUACUCUGUAAGCCGUGAAGGUAUUCAAUUCGGUUUAAAACUGAUGUUGACGGUUACGGUAGGGUGGCCUAGGAAGUCUAAGAAAUCGUUUUCUCUUCCAGCAAACCAAAACCAGUGGAACUACAGACUUUUUGCCAACCACAAACUGGCUGGAGCUCGAGUUGCAGUCAAUUCAAGAGGAAAUGAGCCAGGAUUAGAUUCAAAUGGAAUCGAUGCAGGCGUAGGAUACGAAAGUGCUGUUUCAGUGACAUUGACCCAACAUGUCCGUGCCAAACGUCCUUACGGGAAGUGUGUCAGUCGGGAGCCUGACACUUCUGACUAUUACAAGAACUUCACCUACACCUUGGAAACAUGCUUCAACGGAUGCAAACAACGGGAUACGGUAGCCAAGUGUAACUGUGCGAAUCCUAGGUUGAAAUUGGGACCAGCAGAUACGGCAUGUCAACCGAUAAAGGCGGAUUUGGACUGCCUCCAAGGUCUCAAAGGAAACCAAACCAAUUCCGACCCGAACAUCGAUCUUCUAGUCGAAUGCUCUUGUAAUCCGCCAUGUGACGAGUCCACCUACACACCUACCGUAUCCCUUGCUCAGUUCCCAUCAACCAGCUACUAUGUUGCCACGUCAUCAUCCGCCGGAGUUGGCAGUUGUUACUCAUCAAAUUCCAAUUUUGCCAAUAAGGCAGCGUGUCAAAAAUGGUAUAAUAAUAACGGAAUGAUCUUACAAGUUUUCUUGGAGACGCUGAGUUAUGAGUUGUAUACAGAGACUGCUGGAUAUACGGUGAGCAAUGUGAUCAACGAUUUGGGAGGACAAGCUGGCUUAUGGUUGGGGCUUUCAGUGAUUUCGGUGGUGGAGAUGACCGGUCUUCUAUUGGUCAUGGGAGCGUUCUGUGUAUCUGGAGGAGCGAUCAAAAUUGCACCCGACGAUGAUGAUAUUGCGAAUGAUCAUCGAAUUAAGGUGAGGAGAGACUACAAACUACAAACUUGCAAUUUUCAAUUUUUCGAAAAUUUUCAGGACGUUGAAGACGUUAAAAACGAAAUCGAUCAUAUGGACAAACGGCACGCCGAAAUGGAUGACAGUGAUGGUGAUGACGUGGCACCAGAAUCGCCGAAAAAAGGAUCAGAUGAGGGAAAGAAGGACAAUUGA